AACCGCGCUGCUCCGAUCUGCGGCGUCCGGAGCCUCGAAGUGCGGGGAUGGGGGAGCGCGGCUCCGCGUUCCGGCGGCUGCGGGAGAGCCCCGAUGGGAGCCGGAACGGGAAAGGGAUCUGACGGAACCGAGCCGUGCGCGGAGUUGGAAAAGGCCUCGUUCGACCUGCUGGGGGAAGGAGCUUCGGGGAGGCCGGGAUGGCCGUCAGCAUGGAUGACGACGUUCCGCUCAUCCUCACCCUGGAUGACGGUGGGAGCGGCGCCUCGGCCCCGCGGGACAGCGCGGAUCGAGAGGAGCUGCCCGGCCAAAAUGGUGGUAGCUACGACAUUAUAAAUGAUGCAUCCAGCCCUGCUGCAGGGGACUGCUGUGCAAAGCAGAGCUCUGCCCAACACAACUGGGAAAUGAACUACCAAGAGGCAGCAAUCUACCUCCAGGAAGGAGAAAAUAAUGAUAAAUUCUUCACACACCCCAAAAAUGCCAAAGCACUUGCUGCCUACCUCUUUGCACACAAUCACCUUUUCUACCUGAUGGAGCUGAGUGCAGCGCUGCUUCUCCUGUUGCUGUCUCUCUGCGAGGCACCAGCUGUUCCUAUGCUCCGUCUUGGCAUCUUUGUCCAUGCAACCCUGGAGCUGUUUGCAUUAAUGGUGGUAGUCUUUGAGCUCUCAAUGAAGAUGAGAUGGCUGGGCUUCCACACAUUCAUUAGACACAAGAGGACUAUGGUGAAGACCUGUGUGCUGUUUGUACAGUUCAUAGAAGCCAUUGUGGUGUUGGUGCGCCAGACCUCGCAUGUCCGCAUAACAAGAGCUCUGCGCUGCAUCUUCCUGGUGGACUGCCGCUACUGCGGGGCAGUCAGGAGAAACCUGCGUCAGAUCUUCCAGUCCCUCCCACCAUUUAUUGACAUUCUUCUCCUUCUGCUUUUCUUCAUGGUGAUCUUUGCCAUCCUGGGUUUUUACUUGUUUUCUCCAAACCACUCGGAUCCCUACUUCAAUACCUUAGAGAACAGCCUCGUGAAUCUCUUUGUACUUUUGACCACUUCAAAUUUCCCUGAUGUGAUGAUGCCAUCUUAUGCUCGGAACCCUUGGUCGUGUGUCUUCUUCAUAGUGUAUCUCUCCAUUGAAUUGUACUUCAUUAUGAACUUGCUUCUUGCUGUUGUGUUUGACACUUUCAAUGACAUUGAGAAGAGGAAGUUUAAGUCCUUGCUGCUGCACAAGCGCACAGCCAUCCAGCAUGCCUACCGCUUGCUCAUCACCAAACAGGGGCCACCUGGAAUUUCCUUCAGGCAUUUUGAAGGGCUGUUGCGGUUUUACAAGCCUCGGAUGUGCAGCCGGGAGCGAUAUCUCACUUUUAAAGCACUGAAUCAAGGCAAUACUCCUUUACUCAGUCUAAAAGAUUUUUACAAUUUCUAUGAAGUUGUUGGCUUGAAAUGGAAGGCAAAACGAAAUCGUGAGCACUGGUUUGAUGACCUUCCACGGACAGCAUUCCUUAUUUUUAAAGGCAUCAACAUCCUUGUGAAUUCCCGUCUGUUCCAAUACACCAUGUAUACUGUGGUGGCUGUGAAUGGAAUUUGGAUUCUUGUUGAAACCUUCAUGCUGCAAGGAGGGAAUUUCUUCUCCAGAAAUGUCCCAUGGAGCUACAUAGUCUUCCUCACAAUCUAUGGUGUGGAGCUGCUCCUGAAAACCACUGGAUUGGGGCCCGUCGAGUACCUGUCCUCAGGCUGGAAUCUCUUUGACUUCUCAGUCACCCUGUUUGCAUUCCUGGGGCUUAUGGCACUGGCGUUCAACAUGGAGCCAUUCUACUUCAUUGUUGUCUUGCGACCUCUUCAGCUGCUGAGACUCUUUAAAUUGAAGAAACGCUACAGGAAUGUCCUGGACACUAUGUUUGAGCUGUUCCCUAGGAUGGCCAGCCUAGGUUUAACCCUGCUGAUCUUCUACUAUUGCUUUGCCAUCGUUGGCAUGGAAUUUUUCGCUGGUGCGGUCUACCCAAACUGCUGCAACACAAGCACAGUGGCAGAUUCGUACCGCUGGGUGAACCACACAGUUGGCAACAAGACAGUUAUAGAAGAAGGUUAUUACUAUCUCAACAACUUUGACAACAUUUUGAACAGCUUUGUUACACUGUUUGAGUUGACAGUCGUCAAUGAUUGGUACAUAAUCAUGGAAGGGGUGACAUCUGAAACCACUCACUGGAGCCGCCUCUAUUUCAUGAUCUUCUAUAUUGUGACCAUGGUGGUGAUGACAAUCAUUGUGGCAUUUAUUCUGGAGGCUUUUGUCUUCCGCAUGAACUACACUCGGAAGAACCAAGAUUCAGAAGAAGACAAUGGCAUUGUGCUGGAGAAAGAGAUCUCCAAGGAGGAAGUGAUUAGGAUCAUCGAGCUGUACAAGCAGAGUUCACCUGCCACUGAAACUUCUCAGCUGCAGAAGAUUGUUUUGCAAAUGGAUAAACAUGGGCAAGUGUCAACGCUGUUUCUGGGACGCAGAUCAAGGACCAAGAGUGACUUGAGUAUGAAGAUGUAUGAGGAGGAGAUCCAGGAAUGGUAUGAGGAACAUUCCAGGAAAGAGGAAUCCCAGAUACCAUUGCAAGAGUCUGCAUCUGCUUUCCAGAGCUCUCUGAAGCCCCUGAGCCUCCGACAACGUUCCCAGACCGUCAUCUAGGCCUGGCUAGUGCAAGCUGCCUUCUAUGCAAUAACCUAGAGUAUUACUUCACAGCAUAUAUGUUGGGGUGAUGUAUAUAGAUCUGUUCCAUGUACUGGUUGGCAUUAGGGAUAAAAGCUCUUCUGUUAAGUGCAAAAAAACAGGUGGACUCUGCUACAUGCAGACUGAGCACGAUGCUGUGCUCAGCACAGAGCAAUCUCCUGGACAGAAAUGGAGACCUUCUCCCUCUGAGCUGCUUCCCAAGCUCAAGCCUGCUGUUUGUCUUAGCAGUAACAGACUCUGGGGAAAGGGAUGUGUAAUCCAUUAACAGCAGGAAAUGCGUUGAAGCUACAUGCUUACAAUUUAAAAAAGAAAGUUUAAAAAAAAAAAAAAGGCCCUUUUUGAAGGUCUGCUUCACUUAAAGGGUACUAUUAACCUAGGAAUAAAAGAUCAGGGAGGGAGGUGGUUUUUGCUUGGUGUUUUGUUUUUGUUGUUUUUUUCCUCUCUGCCCUCCUUUUGCAAAGCAGGAGGAGGUGCUAUGGAACUUCAGCACUUGUGGAGAGUAGUCUGCCUUUUCCCUCCUUCUUGGUACACCUGGAUGCACUCGCUGCAGUAGAUUCAGUUCUGACUGUGAAUUUAGCUGUCCCUGAGCUGUUCUGUGGCAGCUGGUGAGGGGCAGAAAUCUUGUUGCAUUAUGACCAUAGUGGAGACAGGAAUUUAGGGAGACAAACUCUUUGCUUUGGCUGUGCAGUAUCUGCAUCUCUGCAGGUCGGUUAUGCCCACAGCACUGCCAGGGAUCAGAAUCAUCUCUGUAAACCCUUUAGCUCUCAUCUUCCUAUGGAAGGGUGAUUCUGCUGGGUGAGCUCUGUCACUUAGCCACCUGCUUGUAAAUGGCAAGACUUUGGCUGGUCAUUAGUUCAAAUAGAUGACUGGGAAGGAGAGGACUUUGCAGGUCCAAACCCGUGGCUUAUUUCUGCUUGGGGCUGAAACUUAUGGAUAGAGUCCAUCAAACAGUACUGCUUAUUGGCCCUCAGGUAGGUCAUUGCUUUGUUCAACAGGAGGGUCAGUCAGCACAGCAGCAUUCCUCCUCCCUCGUUCUCACCCAUGCAGAACUGUUCCUCGAGCUGGCAAGUGCUGACUGGGUCGGAUCUUAGGAGGAUCCUCUGCUGAAGGGCUUUACUGUUCCCUUGAAUUCUGGAUGCAGAACUGUGAAGGACAACGAUUCUUCUCAUCUGUCUGCUUUUCAGUGUCUGGCACAGAGGCUGCCAGACCAGGUAGCUGGGGGAAGAGGAGGGAAGAGAAAAGGGCUCCUUGGCCAGCUCUGACACACAAAUUCUGGGAUCGUAGCAGAUUGCUUCAUCUCUUGUGUUUCAUUACUGCAAAGCGGUGACAGCCUGUCUCUGAGUUCCUUUCUUAUCCUGUCACCACAGAAAGUGCUGAGAGUGAACACUGUCUUUCAGCGUGGAGGUUCCCCAUACCUCUUGCUGUUUGAUCUUUUCUCAGGUUCAGAUUACAGUGGAUCUGGCAGGGGUGGGAGGCUUUCCCCUUCCUUUCGGUGAAUGGGGUGGUGGGAUGUAAGAAGUGGGCACGCAUCACAAGUACCUGGUUUUUCCUAAGUAGCACCAGCACAUGGCACAAGGACAGGGGGACAGGACUGACCCUAUAUGGGUGCACAGAGAACAUUUUUGGGAAAAAAUGAGAUUUUCAGAGGCAGGCAACGUGAUGUGUGCUCCUCAUCUCUGAACAGCCACAUUCUCUGGGUGCCUUAGGGCAGCUCUUUGUUUCCCUUCUGGGCUCUGCAGAUGGUAUGAAAGUAAUUCUGAGCUGAACCGUGAAGGACCUUAAAGGGCUAUUUUCCAAAUCAUAAAUUUGACCACAAAUUAAUGAGCAGUGCAGUGUUUGUCUUGCAGUUGCUCUGUGUGGGGCUGCAGACUGGGAGACUUACCUGCGUUAAUCCUGGGGCUGGGGGAGAUGUUUUCAAGUUAUGGGCAGGAUGAGCAUUGUGAAGGUUGGAAAAGGAAAUGUGGAUUUGUUUAAAGUCUGUGUCACCAUGGCAGGGCUGUCACUGACCUGUUCUGGAGCUGCAGCUUUACGCUGUGCUGCAGAGGCACUGACCUACUCACACAUGGGAGCAGGGCUUUGGUGCGGGGAGCAGCAUUGAAGCCCCUGGUCUGGACUGGGCAAUAGGGCUCAGGUGCUGCUUUUCUGGUUUUAUACUGAGAUUUGGGUUUGCCCUCAUUUACACAAUGUAUUAUUUUUUAAGCAAGGAAGAUCACAGAAGUUUACUUCUUUAGAAGGAAAAGAAGUAAGAAGUUUGAGUAUGGGGCCUCCCCUACUAUUUACUCUUCCUCCCUACCUUACCCACAGACUAACGACAAUCAUUUUGUAGGGAAUGAGGGAGGAACACUGGAGGGUUUUGUAUGUUGGUCUUUUGUUUAUAAUUUUAUGGACGUGUCUGUAAAAUGUUCUCUAGAUUUUUCAAGCACACUAAUAAAGAGCAUCCUCAGCUUUGUA